AUGGCAAUGAACGAGAUAGUGAUGGACAACUUGGAACGUUACUUCAAGGAAAAUGAAAACGGUGCCCUCAAAUGCAAAGGUCGUACAGUUUGGAAAUGUUAUAGCGCAAAUCAGACACUCUCAUCGAUACAGAGGGCAGUUGAGAACAGUGUGGUGGUCGACGAGAACUCGACGAUGGAAGGCUGUAAGGGUAUACCGAUCGAGUGCCUCCAAAGAAUGGAUCAACAUCUCCGUGAAGCCUAUAGAAAGCUCGUUCUAAAUGAACUUCCUACACGUCCUUCAUCUUCAUCUUCAUCUUCAGACGAUUCCACUCCGCCUUCGACUCCCACCGAGGGCAGAAGUCCUGUCAUGCGCGUUGCUCGUAUGACCGACAGACCGCUCUUCAACCCUUUCUCAGACGAACAAGACUAUGUCGAGUUCAUGCUCAAGACAGCGUCAACCAUGGCUGUCGGUGCGUUUGACCCGUUCGAGGAUCAACUACACGUUCAGGGUAAUGCGGUAAACGUUCCCAUUCCCAUAGAAGAUGACGAGGAAGCCAUCUUUCAUUUACCCUCGGCCUUCGACGUCGAUAGCGAACCUGAUGCGCCCCAUGCCGAACUUCUGAAGAUUAUGGACAACGAGGAUCAACCUUCCACGGAGGUUAUGCCUUCCUGCAACUUUAGGGAUCUGGAUCGUUUAGGACGUCGAAUUCCCCAGGUUGAGCUGAACCGUACAAAACGAAAACAGUUGCAGCGUCGUUCGGUGGUAAAAUACGAAGUAGACGCACCGAUGAUGGAGGGGAGACCAACCAAGUCACCGUCAGCACGGUCGCGAUAUUCCCAAUACAUGCCCACCACUUUUAAUCCAUCCGACAUACUUUCUUUUCCCAAAAAAGGACAGAUGAAACGCCACCCUGAUGAACAGAGGCUGCUUCUGCGGUUGCUUCUGGAUAAAUAA